AUGCUGCCAAGCCAUUCUUUUGACUCCACUUCGGAUCGUGCGAAGAAGAAGGGGUACUAUUCCUUUGGCGAUGAGGGGCUCACCGCCACCGUUGGGGCAUCUGGGCAAUUACUGCGGAUAUCGCGACAUUUCCCUGGCAAGAGGACAGGAUUCUGUGCGGAUGAACCCGACAUGCAAGAGCCAUUCCGUGUGACUCCUCGUCUCAAGCAGUUCCUCUACCGGGCUGAAGAUCCCUCCUUCGAAAAGGGCAUCGGCACUUACGUCGACGUUCUCCACCUGAAUAGGCAAGUCUACUAUUCAGAGUUGAUACAUGAUAGGUGGCCGGCAUUUAAAAUAGGCUCACUGGAUGUGAACCUUGAUCUACAAUAUGCCAUCUUGGAUGGCACCGUUUAUCAGACGUUCAAAUUUGAUUACUCUCAAAUCACUAGGAACGGAUCUAAACCCCCAAGCCCGCCGAUUGUUCGGUUAAGGGGUGAUUCAUUGAUCAGAAACCUGGAUUAUAUCACCUUGCCUGGUCAGAAUCCCUUCAAUAAUACUGAUGACAGCGGAUACAAGCCGGCACGACUAGAACGUGGCAGUAUCUUUCGAGAGCAUGAGGAAGAAGAUGGAUAUCAAGCGUUCUUGAGUAUCGCGGCGUUCAAUGAUGAGCGUGGCUUCGAAUUCGUCAAGGCUCCUGUUCUCCAGAUUGGGGAGAUGCCAGCCGACUACCUUCUUGGGUGGGAUUACCUGCUCAAAUGGGACGAGCAAGCUUCCAAGGACAUUGAUCAUUAUGGGCGUCUGUCAGUCACAGUGGCGUAUACACUUGGGUAUGAUCAGUCGCCUGUCACGCCCGUGGACACGGUCAAGUUCAUGAAGCAGUUGGAUCUAUCCACAAUCCCGUAUGAGGCUCAGAUUUUCAGCAACAACCCCAGCCUCGAUGUCUGUCUCAGAAAGAAUUUGGAGCAUGUGCUGUCCGUCUGCAGCAUUCCGGUGUUUUCCACACGGAUCGAGGAAGAGCCCACUGUUGCUCUCACCUGCGGCGACGUGGACAGCCAUUUUGUGUCGACAGCGGCGUCAUUUUACUGUUUUCAGAUCCUAUUGCUGGCCCUGAAACACUUCCAAUCCCGAUAUGACAGUUUAACGGCAUACGAAAAUGACCCUAAUUACCAACCUACGACGAAUGGAACGAAAUCUUACGUCCAUGGAAUGAUGAACCGUAUCAAAAGGGUAUGCAAGGGCCACAUACGGUGGCUCUUUAAAACAUCGAAUACAUCUGGAAAGCUUUUCUGUCCAUAUUACUGGGUUAAUGGAGACGAGAUCGAGGAAUGGCAACUUGGGGACCUUCUUUCCAAAAAGUCUCUAGUCGACACACCUUUCCAAGUCAUCAAGGUAUGCGACUUCUACGACAUGAGUAGUGACGAUUUUGAUGGCGACGAUAUGGGGGCACUUGAGCGCAUUGUCCGUACAUGGAUUCAGGAAAUCUAUAAUCAUAAAGUCGACACCCCAGGCUUAUACGCCUUCCCUCGAUAUGAUACGGAGCCAACUAGGACCUUCUACCUCACAGACCACGCGGUGAUCUGGCAAGCCAUGAAGUCUGCCGAAGACAUGGGUAUACAGCUCCCUGCAUCCCCAGAGUUCUCGUCGAAGCAUAUUCAGGAGAGCAUCCUCGAAAUGUUCGACACUCCAAAUCCUUCCAUACAACAACGCCUUCUAUCUGUGAAGAGAAAUCCCGCCAAAACUAGAUUUGUCUUUCGGUCUACGGAUACGGCAUUAUUCCGUGCCGCGGAAAUGGGACUCUUCGACAAACCGGCACGAUUUUAUGGUCAGCAUGGGCUGCAUAAGCAAUUCGAGAUUUGGGAGAGAACGAUACAAUACCAAAUUCAGCACUACGCCCAUGAUACAAUCAACCGCACUGACCCUCGGAGAUUAGCUCUCCCUGUGGUUAUGGGGCAUUUCAGGCCAUUCAAUACGACGAUGGGGACAUCAAAUCCAGAUGCAGUUGUCUUUGCCCUGCUAGAACUCUCUUCAGACAAUGGAAUAUUUCCAGGCGUACUUGAUGAAAGAUCCCGACCUGUCAGUUGUUACGAAAACGAGCUUUUGCGAGGCAAGUUCUGGGGAACAACAUUCGAGAUACCGUAUCUUUUGUGGAAGUAUUCGCACACGCCGAAUUUUGGACAUCACCCCAGUAGAAAGCGCAAGAAGCUUGGGGACAAUCAUUGGGAUAGACCGCUUCAACCUGAUUAUGUCGCAACACUGGCCAUGCAAUCUAUCGCACAGCCAAAUCUAUGGAACGGUGUACAUCGGGAUCGAUACAACUCUCAAAAGGCAUCUCAUAUCCCUCUCAACAACAUGUUGUCUCAUAGCAACAUCAGGGAGCUUCAGGAUGAAUGGCUUUACAAUCCGCCGACGUUUUUCAUUUCUGCUGCCGUCAUUCAGAAAGCGCGAGAGGGGCUUGGUAACCUAAUGGCCAUCCCUGCGGACCUGAUAUAUCUUACCUUCACUGGGGCUGUCGUUGACAUUCCCAAGUCACGGCCCGUGAAAACGAAAAUGUCAAAGAACAAGAUUCCAAUGCGAGUCUUGCAAAACGCUACGGAUAUUCAAAACGUAGUGGACGCGGGCAGAACCGCCGAGGAAGCGAAGAAGAGAUUUUGGGCCUUUUUCGCAUCAACCCCUUCCGAGAAUGAGGUUUGUGUAGCAACCAUUCCCGUAGUGUCAAGAGAGGACCGAGACGAGCAGGAGAUGAGAUCCUUUUUCCAAAGGCAUAAUUCCUACGACAAUUUCUUCGCCGAGGACACUGCAGCCUUGUUGAACACCUGGACAACAGAGCUUCAUUUGUCAUUUUACACCCUGCUGCACGACGACCGACCAGGUGCUCCCCCUUCAGACGACACGUUGGAGGCCGAAACUUUCCACUUCACGACAUUAAGUGGGGUUGAGGCACCAAGAUAUCUCCGCAAGUUUGCCGCAGGCUUUCGAUUGAAGGGCGACUUCUUUGAUCGAUACUGGACAUGCAAUUUCCUGGAAGCCAAUCCAUCGCGUGCAGAUGACUAUCCUUGGAAGGAAGGAGUACAAGAAGAAGUGCAGAGAGAAGUGCAGGCUUUGCUGGAAAGGCAGUUCGAGGGUGGCAGAAUCACUGAAGUGGAGAAGAACUCUUGGCAGCAGAGAAGAAUUCUGGAGCUCAUCUUGUUUGAACGUAUUAUGCAGAGGAUGAACGAGAGUACGAGAGGAAUCCUCGAAUGGGCAACAUCUGUCUUGAUGGGGACGAGGAAGCGGCUGCAAAAGACGUUGAGCCCGACUAAGGGGACCAAGGCCACUCGACCGCAUUACAAAGACCUGCUCGACACAAUCAAAGAGUUCCGGGAGUUUCAGAAAGCCAUUCGAAGGAUGGGAAGGCACUAUGCCGAGGCCCUUGCGAACAUCGAUCGUUGGCGCGACCGAGAAAAGGGUCGCGAAUUGGAGAGGCCUCGGUGGACAUUCAACGACGAAAGUCGGUACCGAGUCAUCAUUCUGAAAUUGCUAGCAUCAAACGACGACAGCAUUCAAACUCUGCGGAGAAAUCAAGACAAAAUCACAAAUCUCAUUGAAAUGGAGCUGGACUUGAUGCGUGGCGACUUGGAGUUUAUGCGAAGCGAACUGAACCAAACACAGGACGAAAACAUCAAGUUGUUCACCGUCAUCACAACAAUCUUUGUUCCGCUGGGCUUCGCGGCCAGCAUCUUCAGCAUGGACCAAGCGCCAGAAACCUCUACCCUUUAUUACAUGUUGGCCACCGCAGCCGGGGCGUUUCUUUUCACAGGGGCGAUGCUUUGGAUUAUCAAAGAGGUCGAUUUGAGGAAGCCAUACGGCGAGUUCAAGGGUUUGUUCAGGCGUGACAGGACCGAUAUCGAAGACGAAGACACAGAGAGCGACGAGGACGAAGAUGAAGAAGAAGCUGAUGUGGGUUCAAGUCCAGACGGCACACUGAGUACCAAUGGCAUGAGCGUGUUGCCAGAUUUGGAAAGUCCAGGCCGUCGAAGCUGGAGCUUUCGAACAUACAAUAAGGAACGGGCAAGAAAGCACAACGAUCUAGAAGCCACUAUAGGGGUGCAAGACGUUAAAGGUCUUUCUUAA